AUGUGUUUAUAUAUUGCUAGAAGUGAGCGCAUUGAACAAACUGAGGCUGAGACGACAGUUUCAACAACAAACGUGGUUGAUGAUGCUUUAAGUAAAGUUCUUGGCCCCGAUCGUGGUCAUGUAAGAGGAUUUGGGUUUGGUGUGACUCGUUCAAAACUAUCUCUUUUGUCUCACCAAGAUCACAAGUAUAAGGUUCUUGAAAAAGAAUAUUUGAAGAUGAAGGAAGAAAUGGUAGAAAUGAAAACAAUGAAAGAUGAAAUGAUCGAAAUGAAAGCACUUAUGUUAUCUUAUUUAAAGAAACAGACUGAACCAAGUGAGGAACUUUCAAAUGCUACUGCAAGUGUGCUUAAGCGACUAAAUAUUCCUCCAAUGCCUUCUCCAUCGAGUAUCAAUAACAACAGUCAAACUAAGUGCAAGUUAUUAGAUUGGUAUGGCUCGGGAGAGAUUGUUGCUGAAGGAAGAUGGUCUUCUAAUGAUCCAACUGCUAUGGUCCAUCAUAUUCCUAUUGGUCCACAUGCAAUUAGAGUAUGGAUUGAUGUAGCAAAGAAACCAAACGCAUAUUUGUGGAGGCCAACAUCAGAAAUGACAUGUAUUGAAGAAGCUUUGGGAAGUACAGUUGCAUGGCCAUCUGAUAAAGUGAUCAUUAGUGAAUGAAAUGGAGUCGUCUUCACCAGAGGACUAAAGAUUGUACACUUAUGACGAACUUUGCUUGUAGACUUAUGAUGAACUUUAUUUGUAUUUUGAAGGUUAAUUUGUGCGGUUCAUACAUUAUUUACUAAUAUGUGUAUUUUGAUUGGUAAUGUGUAUGGUUGGUACAUUUAGAAUGACUACAUUGUUUGGUAAUUUUAGUACAU